CAUUAAGAGGAACUAAAUUAAGGAAGCAUAUAGCAACGUAUACAGCUUUGCUAAACGUUGAAGAAGCCACAGUGGAUAAGCUAGCAAAUUUUCUUGGGCACCAUAAGGAUAUACACAAAAGUAUUUAUAGAGUAUCGGUACCAAUGGCGGAAAUCACUACAGUGUCCAAGAUUUUGCUGUCAGCUGCUGGUUGUAGGAAUGAGGAAAACUCCGAAAAUAAUAGUUUUGAUAAUCUUCGUGGAAACAUAUCUUCCGAAUCUGAGUCAUCAUUUGAUGAAUCAGACAAUAUUACAUAUGGCGCAAAUUUGGUAAAAAAGAAAAUUAGUAGUAAGUAUAAUAGGAAGACUAGUAGUACCUACAAUAAGAAACUUGAUAAUACUUCUUGCGGAAAAACAAAAAAAUGCCGGUGGACAAUCGAUGAGCAAGAAGCUUUGACUGCUGAAUUUGGGGACAUUUCUUCAAUGGAAAAGUUGCCAUCUCUCAAGGAGUGCAUGAGGGUCGUGUCUGAAAAUGAAGUGCUAUGCUGCAGAACCCCAGCACAAGUAAAAACGUUUAUAGACAACAAAAGGAAAAAAGGCAAAAAAAUUAAGCAAUCUCUUCAACAAUAAUUUUCCAAAACCCUUUUCGGGUAGUUAUUUUACAAUGCAAUGCUGUUAAAUUAAUAUAUGCACAAUGUGCACUAAAUCUUGUAUUAAUUUCAUAUUGUAGAUACAAAAUAUUUUCCAUUAGGUCUUGUAGUAAAUUAUUAUACACAUUAUAAUAUAAUUAUAAAUGUAUACUUUUAUAAAAAAAAUAAGUCAUAUAAUUUAAUACAAACCGCUUUAUUUAUAUACACGAAUAUAAAAACUUCAAAUGUUUAUUUAAAAUUAAGAGUGUAAUAAAAUUGCACUAUAAUUCUAACUGUAUUAUAAAUAUAUAAAAUAUUUAAUAAUAUCAAAAGAAAACACUUUAUAUAAAUCAUCAUAUGAAUUUUACACGUUUCUUUUAAAUUAAAUUAAUUUGUUUAAAUUUAUGUUUGCAAUAAACAUAGUGUUUAUAUGAACAACUGACAAUUACAAUAUA